UCAUUUCAGGGGACACCUAAUAAGAGCAUGGAAAAGGGAAAUGCAACAUUGUUGACUGAGUUUAUUCUCACAGGACUUACCUAUCAACCAGAGUGGAAAAUCCCCCUGUUCCUGGUGUUCUUGGUCAUAUAUCUCAUCACCAUUGUGUGGAACCUUGGUCUUAUUGCUCUCAUCUGGAAUGACCCUCACCUUCACAUCCCCAUGUACUUAUUUCUUGGGAAUUUAGCCUUUGUGGAUACUUGGAUGUCAUCCACAGUCACCCCAAAAAUCUUGGUCAACUUCUUAGCCAAGAGUAAGAUCAUAUCUAACUCUGAAUGUAUGAUACAAUUUUUUUCCUUUGCAAUCACUGUAACCACAGAAUGUUUUCUCUUGUCAGCAAUGGCAUAUGAUCGCUAUGUAGCCAUAUGCAAACCCUUACUUUAUCCGGUGAUUAUGACCAACAGACUGUGCAUCCGGCUGAUAUUCUUGUCAUUUGUGGGUGGCAUUGUUCAUGCUUCCAUUCAUGGAGGGUUCUUAUUCAGAUUAACUUUCUGCAAUUCCAACAUAAUACAUCAUUUUUAUUGUGACAUUAUUCCAUUGCUGAAAAUUACUUGUGCUGAUCCAUCUAUUAAUUUUUUAAUAAUUUUUAUAUUUGCUGGUUCAAUUCAGAUGUUUACUAUUACAACAAUUCUUGUUUCUUACUCACUUGUUCUCUUUAAUAUCUUAAAAAAGAAGUCUGUGAAGGGCAUAAGGAAGGCCUUCUCCACCUGUGGAGCCCAUCUCUUAUCUGUGUUCUUAUACUAUGGCCCUCUUUUUUUUAUGUAUGUGUUGCCUAAAUCAGCACAAGCAGAUGAUAAAGAUAUGAUAGACUCUCUAUUUUAUUUGGUCAUCAUCCCUUUGUUGAAUCCAAUUAUCUACAGUCUGAGAAAUAAACAAGUCAUAGAUUCACUGACAAGGGUAAAGAAAAAUGUUUUGAUAGCACAGUAG